AUGGGGAUCCGAUUCGUGUUGAUGGUGAACAAGCAAGGCCAAACACGCCUUGCUCAAUACUACGAAUACCUCACUCUCGAAGAGCGUCGAGCCCUCGAAGGUGAAAUCGUUCGCAAAUGCCUCGCUCGCAACGAACAACAGUGUUCCUUUGUCGAGCAUCGCAACUACAAAAUAGUAUACAGGCGCUACGCCUCCUUGUUUUUCCUCGUUGGAGUCGACGAUGAUGAGAAUGAGCUGGCUAUUUUGGAAUUUAUACACCUCUUGGUUGAAACCAUGGAUCGUCAUUUUGGCAAUGUGUGCGAGCUAGAUAUUAUGUUCCAUUUAGAAAAGGCGCAUUUUAUGUUGGAGGAAAUGGUCAUGAACGGUUGUAUUGUGGAGACAAACAAAUCAAAUAUUCUGACUCCAAUUCAGCUGAUGGAUAAAACAUCAUGA